UUGUGCACAAGCAGUUUGGCGCCCGUUGUUUGAGUCUCUGGGUAGGUGGCGUGGGACGAGCUCGGGGACAGCAAAUCGUUGCUGAAAAAUACAAAAAGAGGGAGGCGAAAGUUCGAUGAUUGAUUGGCGCGGAAGCCAGCAGAUUAAACUACGUCAACCGCAUGAAGCUGCCGGCUGCUGCUGAAGGGGGCGGAGAGCCGGUAUAAAGACGCGGCGUGGGUGGCAGCCGCGUCUUUGAGUCGCAGCCGACGCUUUUUCCUCUCCUCUUCCCUGGCGGCGGCUUCUUCUUCGGUCUCCUCGUCGCAGCCCCCGUCGAGUCCUCCUCGGCGCCGUUGACGAAACGCCUCUUCUUCUUGUCCUCGUCGUCGUCUCGGGCGGCCGCCGUCGCGUCAAGGGUUCGAGGUUGGGGGAGCUGAGUUGGGAGGAGGACUGCAGCCGCAGCCAUGAAGGCGCUCAUCCUCGUCGGAGGCUUCGGCACCCGCCUGCGGCCGCUGACGCUCAGCGUGCCCAAGCCGCUCGUCGACUUCGGCAACAAGCCCAUGAUCCUGCAUCAGAUCGAAGCUCUGAAGGAAGUUGGGGUCACAGAGGUCGUCCUGGCCAUCAAUUACCAGCCUGAGGUGAUGCUCAACUUUCUCAAGGACUUCGAGAGCAAGCUUGGCAUCAAGAUCACCUGCUCUCAGGAGACGGAGCCCCUGGGGACCGCGGGCCCUCUGGCCCUGGCCCGCGACAAGCUCGUCGACGGCUCCGGCGACCCUUUCUUCGUGCUCAACAGCGACGUGAUCAGCGAGUACCCGUUCGCGGAGCUCAUCCAGUUCCACAAGGCCCACGGCGGCGAGGCGACGAUCAUGGUCACCAAGGUGGACGAGCCGUCCAAGUACGGCGUGGUGGUCAUGGAGGAGGGCACCGGCAAGGUGGAGCGCUUCGUGGAGAAGCCCAAGGUGUUCGUGGGCAACAAGAUCAACGCCGGCAUCUACCUGCUCAACCCGUCGGUGCUCGACCGCAUCGAGCUGAAGCCGACGUCCAUCGAGAAGGAGGUGUUCCCGCGCAUCGCGGCGGACGCCGGGCUCUUCGCCAUGGUGCUGCCGGGGUUCUGGAUGGACAUCGGGCAGCCGCGCGACUACAUCACCGGCCUGCGCCUGUACCUGGACUCCCUGCGGAAGAAGGCGCCCGCGCGGCUGGCGUCGGGCGCGCACGUCCUGGGCAACGUGCUGGUGCACGAGACGGCGGUGAUCGGGGAGGGGUGCCUGAUCGGGCCCGACGUAGCCGUCGGCCCCGGGUGCGUGGUGGAGGCCGGGGUGCGGCUGUCCCGGUGCACGGUGAUGCGCGGCGCCCGCGUGAAGCAGCACGCCUGCGUCUCCAGCAGCAUCAUCGGCUGGCACUCCACCGUCGGCAAGUGGGCGCGCGUGGAGAACAUGACCAUCCUCGGCGAGGACGUGCACGUCUGCGACGAGAUCUACAGCAACGGCGGCGUCGUGCUCCCGCACAAGGAGAUCAAGUCCAGCAUCCUCAAGCCCGAGAUCGUCAUGUGACGGUGGUCGCGCAUUGCCCCCUGCAUCCCGUGUGCUUCAUAUGUUUGUUGUUUCAUUUGUUGCUCGGUCGUCAGCAAGUGUAACGAGUUGUCCCGUCUCCCAGCCAGUGUCUGUCGAGCUAUAUGGUUAGCUGAGUCUAAAUUUCUCUUCGUGAUUGUAGAUAGGUAUCAGAUUGAUUGGAAAAGGAACAAAAGUUUUCUUUGUGUCAUAA